AUGAUAGACUUUGCGCUUUCCACCGUGCUGAAUAAGUAUGCGGACAAUAACAAGCUCUUGCCGAAUGAUGAUUUAUCUACUUCUGAUUCCGCCGAGAGGCGCGAUCAAUUGAAUGAGCUCAUCGAGACGCUGUCUGCAGAGCCAGACGAAAUAUUGCAAGAGGCUACAUAUGAUAGCAUGGAGAACUUUGUCGCGUGUGUGCCUUCGCUCUCCGCGUCUGAGAUUCACAAGCUCGCUGACCUCAUUUCGUCUGCUAUACUUGCAAAAGCACAAUCUUUAGCCGGCGAAUCACCGGCUGAUUUCGAUUCACAAUCCCCGGCACGGACGACCUUAGAAGCGCUUUGUUUCAUGAAUAUGGUGUUUAUCAAUACGCUGCAGACCGAUUCUGCAUUGUUGGCGAACGGCGAAGCGGCAGUCUCUGUGCGCGGAAAAGCCAAGAGCAAGAAGCAGAAAGAAACAGCCGCCGCGACAGUGGACAUCAUGGGUAUCCUUGUUCCGGCUUUCGAUGCUAUGAGCAAAGUGCUCAGUCUGCGUGCCGCCAAGAUGUGGCCCACCACGUCAGAGCGCGAUGCAUUUGUCAGUCUCAUGACAAAACCUGCAUACCUCGUGGCUGAGAGCGAGACACUGAUGAAGAAGGUAGAAAUCAGGAUGCGUUUCUACAAAAUCGUUUGCGUAGCAGUCAAGCACCACGGACAUGCGUUUGGAGCACAAACAACGAUUGUCCAGGAUUUGCAGUAUUUCGAGCAUCUAUCCGACCCACUUGCAGAGCUGCUGCACAUUCUCAACGAUCAGUACGACUUUCCUCAGCUCACGGACGAGGUUUUGCGCGAGCUGAGCAACAAGGAUUUCAAUGCGAAUGAUAACAAGGGUCCCAAGUUUGUCAGUGUCUUCCUCGUCAAGCUGAGUGAAUUGAUGCCUGGGGCUGUCCUGAAACAAGUCGGUCUUUUGGCAAAGUUUCUUGACUGCGAGAGUUACAAUCUACGGUCUGCCAUCAUUGAACUCUGCGGCAAUCUGAUUGCCAACCUGUCAAAGGAGGAAGCUGAAGAAGGCGCAGAAUCCUCGCACAAGGCACAGAUCAGUGGCUUUUUUGACUUGUUGGAGGAGCGAUUCCUUGACAGCAAUCCUUACUGUCGUUCGAAAGUGCUUCAGACAUAUGUCAAACUCUGUGAUUUACAAAACAAGUUCCCAAAGCGCAGACAAAAGGUAUCUGACCUCGCCACACAAGCACUGGACGACAAGUCAUCCAACGUCCGACGCAAUGCGAUCAAGCUCUUGGCACGUUUGGUGCAGACGCACCCCUUUGAUAUGCUUCAUGGCCCACAACUGUCCCUCGUUCAAUGGCGUGAGCGUGUUGUGAAUGCUCAAGCGGAGCUCGAUAUCUUGCAACCUGAGCCUGAACUCGUUGCGGAGCCAGACGAGGAAUUGAUUGAAGCACCCGAAUCGCCACAAAAGGCUGCACCAAAGGACACAGAAGCUGCCCAGGCGAAAGCGGCUGAGGCACAAAUUAGGCAAGAAAAUAUCAUGAAGUUGCAGAUGACGAAGCGGUACUAUACAGAAGCUACGCGCUUUGUGGAGACACUCACGCUGGCCUCACAGUCGAUCGUACAGUUGUUGGCUUCAAAGACCAAGACUGAAGUGAUGGAGGCUAUGGACUUCUUCGUUGUCGCUGAUGCAUACAAGCUUGAGCCUGCCAAGGAAGGGAUUCGACGCAUGCUCCACCUGAUUUGGACUAAAGCCACGAGUGAUGAGGGCAAAGGUGUGACAUUACACUUGCUCGACUGCUACCGCGGCUUGUUCUUUGAAGCACCCGAUCAACUUUCUGCCAAUGACCAAGCCAACUUUGUGGCAAAGAAUAUGAUUUCCUUGACAUACGGCGCUACCCUGGCGGAACUCACCUCGCUUGAGCAGCUUCUCAAGGUCAUGAUGAAGGAUGGACAAGUCAACGACGAAGUAAUUGCAAAGCUUUGGCAAGUCUAUGGUGUUCAGCGUCGUGAAAUCUCCAAGAAUCAGCGCAGGGGUGCCAUUAUCAUUCUAGGCAUGCUUGCUCUUGCCAAUCGCGACAUUAUCGUCAAUGGCCUCGAUGUGCUGCUGCAGGUUGCCUUUGGCUCCAUUGGCAAGCGCGAUCUUGCUCUAAUGCGUUAUUCUUGCAUCGCACUGCAGCGACUCGGAACUGGCGAAAAGGCACAAAAGGGUGAAUUGCGAAAUCAAACAACCAAAUUGCCUGAUUCGCAUGGUGUUUUCAGCAAAUUGGUGGAGGUCAUCACUAAGCCUGCCCCGAGUAAAGAGUGGUUUGGAGUGGCGGAACAAGCCAUUGAUGCCAUCUAUGCGCUUGCCGAGCAUCCGGAUGAGGUGUGCUCAGAUAUCAUCAAGCACCUCACACAACAAGUCUUUGCACCGAAGCAGCAGCCACCCACGCCGCCACGGUCGAGGAGUGUAUCGCCUGUUGAAGAGCACGACGAGGCGGCUGUGGACGCUCCUGAAGCUGAGGAAAGCUCUAGCAAGUCUGUUGGCACCUCGCGACACCUGGCAGACUUGCUAUUUGUUGUUGGUCAUGUGAGCAUCAAGCAGAUUGUCUACAUUGAAGAAUGCGAGGGUGAUUUCAAGCGUCGUAAAGCCGAGGCAGACAAGGCAAAGCACACACAAGCCAUUGAAGCGCCAGCUGAUGGUGCCAAGGAUGACCUGGAUCUUGUGAAUGGCACAACAGAAGAUGAAUUUGCCGAUGCCAUGACGCAUAUUCGAGAGCGAGAGCUGCUCUUUGGCGACAAGUCGAUCCUUGCUCGCUUUGGUCCGCUUGUGACGGAGGUUUGUCGCAACAACAAAGCUUACCCAUGUCCCAUACUGCAAACGGCAGCGACCAUGACACUGGCCAAAUUCAUGUGUGUCUCUGGUGCGUACUGCGAGGCGAAUCUCGAAUUGCUGCUACUCAUUCUGGAGAAGUCGACGAGUGCAGCGACCCGCAGUAAUCUUGUGAUUGCCAUGGGGGAUAUGACUGUGUGCUUCAAUCACAUUCUCGACAAUUGCUCAGAUCACCUCUACCGGCGGCUUAGGGAUGAAGACCCGACCGUCAAGAAGACUUGUCUCAUGACACUCACCUUUUUGGUAUUGGCUGGGCAAGUCAAGGUGAAGGGUCAGCUGGGCGAGAUGGCCAAGUGUUUGGAGGAUGACGACAAGCGCAUCACAGAUCUGGCACGCAUGUUCUUUACAGAGUUGGCAACAAAGGACAAUGCCAUCUACAAUGGCUUCACCGACAUCUUUUCCUUGUUGUCGAGUAGCGCUGAUCCUAUGGAUGAGGAUGUCUUCCGACGUAUCAUUCGCUUCCUCAUGACAUUCAUUGAGAAGGACAAGUAUGCGAAGCAACUAGCUGAUAAGCUUGCGUCGAGACUGGUGCAUUGUGUGAAUCAACGGCAAUUUGACGAUGUUGUUUUUGCCCUUGGUUGUUUGCCGCCACAGGCGAAAUCAGAGACGGUGCUCAAACUGGUGAGCGAUGGGUAUGCGUUUGCUGUAGCGGCACAAUAG